UGUAAAGUGACUGUUCUACUGGAUGUCAUAAGGUGAAUGCACCAAUUUGUAAGUCACUCUGGAUAAGAGCGUCUGCUAAAUGACUUAAAUGUAAAUGUAAUGUAAACCCAUUUCAUGAAGCUCCCAAACAAACAGUUAACGUGCUGAAGUUGCUUCCAGAGGCAGUUUGGAACUUGGUAGUGAGAGUUGCAACCGAGGACAGACCAAUUUUACACGCUUCAUGCUUCAGCACUCAGCGUUCCUGUUCUGUGAGCUUGGGUAGCCUACCACUUCCCUACUGAGCUGUUGUUGCCCCUGCACAUUUCCACUUCACAAUAACACCACAUACAGCUGACAAUGGCAGCUCUAGCAGGGCAGAAAUUUGACUAACUGACAUGUUGGAAACAGUGAUGCCACUUUGAAAGUCACUGAGCUCUUCAGUAAGGCCAUUCUACUGCCAGUGUUUGUCUAUGGAGAUUGCAUGGCUGUGUGCUCUAUUUUAUUUACCUGUCAGCAACUUGUGUUUCUGAAAUAGCCGAAUACACGAAUUUGAAGGGCUGUCCACAUACUUUUGCCCAUGUAGUGUAAGUUAUUAUAGUAGUAGUGGGAGGACCACAAACCAUAUCAUCCCGUGAUUCCAAGUUUACUUGGAUAUGAUGGUUAUUAUAUCAAUAUUUGCGCAUAAAGACGUUUUCACCGCCAUUUCUCGCAUAAUUAAAAUCCCACCAUGUUUUACAAACAAAUAAUCUGUUGGCAUUUAUACAAUUGUACCUAAACUUCCUGUUUCCAUCACAGCUGUCGUGAAUUGUUUUUAUAUGGUAUGACUACUCGCUAUGUGGACGGAAAUGUGGUUACAGGUGGGAAAAUACGCAUAUUUUCUACAUGCGAAUUUGUGACUAUUUACAUGAAAGUCUGUCGCCAACUAGAAACCCAGCUCGUGAUUAAACAGUGUAAUUGCUCUUACUAUUCCCACCACGUUUAGAGCAGGUGUGGGAGUUUCCCAUGUCCCAGAGACAAGUACAAUAUAGAGUUUACUAAAGCACAGUUGGCAUCAUUUUCACGCUUCAACCACUAAGAGUUAAACGAUCACUCUAAAGAAUCAUGGAGUUGACAUUGGCCGAUGCUCUGCCGAGCUGUUAUUCGGAGAGGAUGGAGUUUGAUGCGGAAUGCUGCCUGUCUGGUGCGAAAGGUGGACCAGAGAUGGAGCUGCACAAGGGCCUGACCUUUGACCUGGAGGUUCUCCAGCAGCAUCAGGUAGGCAUGAGACAGGUGGCUCACCUGGUGAUGGUGCUGCACAGGAUGAAACACACCUUUCAGAAGUCCGACUCCACACACACUCCGCUGGGCAUGGAGUGCACCGACGACCAGCUUUCCAGCAUCAUCAUGGACAACCUGUUGGAAUGUGUGAUGGAGCGGGUCCUGGAGCCAGAGGGAGUGGUGGAUAAACAGGCUGAGGGGACCUUCAAGCGACUGGACAGCCCCCAGCAGUGUACUCUGUGUGACAGUUACCAGAAGAGCCUGGUGCACAACCCUGAAACCAUGGUGCUACGUGCCGUGGCACUGCGGGGCGGCAUCGACCACCAGAGAGCAAGGUUCAACCUCUCCAUGUAUAAUAUUAAUAUGAAGAACUCCCACACUAUCCAGGCCCAGCCGGUUACCUUGAGGAUUGCCAGUAGCGACUUCAACUUGUCCUGCUCCAAGCAGACAGACAGCACAGCUCCCAUCCUACAGUUGGAGCGGAGUUCUGACGACCAGUUGAGGACCAUCAGCGCUCAGGGAGACACAGCCUGCUUCCUUUUCUACAUGACAACCAAAGGCCGAGUCGGCCAAGUACCCCGGCUGGUUCAUCAGCACCUCACUGGAGCAACGCCGGCUCGUAGCGAUGUGUCAGAAAGAGGACCUCAGAAAGCUCACCAACUUCUAUGUCAACAACUAAACACGCAACACACACCCAGUCCCAAGAGUGUAUAUACCAAGUACAGCCAGAGAGGGAGAGAUCAGACAGAUGGAUACUGUAGAGGUGUUGAAUUGAUAGACCCUUCUACCACCACACUCUUCGGCUGUCCCCAUAGGAGAACCCUUUUUUGGUUCCAGGUAGAACCCUCUGUGGAAAGGGUUCUACAUGGAACCCAAAGGUAUUCUACCAGGAACCACAAUUGUUCUACUUUGAACCAAAAUGGGUUAUUCAAAGGGUUCUCCUAUGGGGACAGUUGAAUAACCCUUUUAGGUUCUAGAUAGUGCCUUUUUUUCUGUGCACCAAUGUCUUUUGAAAGUGGUUUGGUUGUAGUGAGUGUGUGAUGUGACCAGCAGGUGGUGCUGUGUGUUCAUUCUCUCUGCAGUGUUGAGUUGUGGCUCAGUAGCCCCAGCUCUCUUUCAGGGACGGCCCAGUUACUACUGAUCACGCUGUUGGCUACAGACAGGAUCAAGAGACCUUUGCAAAGUUUUCGUCACAGACCGUAAAUGCUCAGUAUAAAAAAAAGUAACUUAAUAUUGAAUUCUUUAUCUUAUGGUUUCAGUACCACCAGCUAAGUACAGUAGAGUAGAAUCAUUAAUUGUCCUCCAAGCAGGACAGUUCUCAUUUGUUUUUAUGUAGUCAACUUUCUGUACUAUUGGGUAAUAUCUAGUUAUGGGAAAAUGUUUUUUAAUGUGUCUGUUUGUGCUCUGACUGAAUGAUCUGCUUCGUAUCAGUGAAGAGGAGAAUUACAACAUAUUUAGUUUCAUUUCCUCUAAGAAAGUUCAUUAUUUUUCCUUGUCUAACAUUGCAAAUGUAAUUUUUAUUUGGAGUAUUAUCCACUGUGAAAUUGUGACAUCAAUGCUAUUUUCUUUAUUUUCUAUAAGAAAGUCAGUCAGUCAGUCAGUUAUCCCUUUUCUACUAUUAUUAUUUAUUUAAAAAGCUAAGCUAAUAUAUUACAUAACAGCUAGCGUCAACUAAUAUGUAAUACACAAUGUUAUUUGUCUUUUUAAAGCAAUACUAAAAAAAACAUUUUCAAAGAGUAUAUGAUGUAUUUUGCCACAUGAUGGAAGUAAAGUUAAAAAAUGGUAUUACAUUUCAAUGCAUUUGGAUGUUUUAGUGGAGAUGUGAGGAGCAGAACAGACAAUAACAGGAGGAUGGACGAUCUACCUCAAACACAUAUCUACAAGCGGUAGUGACUUCUGAGUUGACUUCUGUCAAUAUUCCGUCGGAAAUAGGCUUAGUGUAGUGCUCUGCAACGACUCUUGCCACACACACACACACACACACACACACACACACACACACACACACACACACACACACACACACACACACACACACACACACACACACAGCGUGAAUCAGGGCUCUGGAGCUCUGUGUCCAUCAAACCCAUAAACCUAGAAUCUUGCAUGGCGGGAUGAAAUGGACCCAGCCAACCAGAGGAGGAAGAGGCCUCCUCAUUGGUCGUCAGUAUGCUGGUUUGCAUAGUGAUAUCUCUGUACGCCAUGUGGUUGGUUCCCGCCAUGUGUGGCGAUGUUGGCUCCUAUGCUGUAGCUGUACAUAAUGUAUGUGGAGACGUAGAGAGAUGCAGGUUGUGGGGUGAUAUGCGGUUUUGGCUCUAGGAGGGUAAAAAUAGGACAGAUUCAUAUCAGGGGUGGAGAGAGGAUUCUAAAGUGCAGACCCCCACCCCAAUAAAUGCUGCUAGCUUAUAUGAGUUCGCUAUUAAUGGAAUUAUAUUCUAUUGUGAUCUGUAAGCAAGUCAAAUACUGUACU